AUGGUAGCUGAAGCCUUGUCAAACAUUGCAUCUGCAGUUAAAGCCCGUCUGCAGCCUUCUACUUCAGCCAAAUAUGCUCCGCCAUCUGACUCAUACGCCACCCCGAAUGCUACUCUCUCCACCGUCCUCGUCCCAUACGGCGCCGCACCGCCACCAGCUUCGGCAGCCGCCUAUCCCGCCACCUAUUCACAGCCACCCCCGCCAUACGCAGCCUUCAAUCCUAGUCCGGUGACCCCAUCUCCAUCUCCAUUUCCUUACCCAACUCAUGCUCCAACUUCAGCGGUCCCAACUCUGUUCCCAACAUAUCAUCCUCCAACUUCCCCAGCCCCAUCUCCUUACUACAGUAAUAACAUCAAUACUUACCCUCCUAAUUCAGCAGCAACAUAUCAGCCGCCGCCGUACCCUCCUUCUCAGCCACCGGCUUAUCCUUACCAGCCGUCUGCUCCGGCGGGAUAUCCGGUGGCGCAACCUUACCCGCCGCCGCCUGAAGCAAUAUCCCAGUAUUACCCACCUGCCGCUCCAGCUAUAUCCGCAAGAGAAGUCUACCCUCCUUUUCCAUCUGCAAGAGUCAUCUACCCACCGCCUCCAUACUGA